UAAUCCCUCCUUCCUUCACCCAAUCCCUUGGCUAGCCGCUGCGAGCUCGGCGGUCGGCGCCCUCCGCUUCCAAGCCCCUCGGCGAAGCGCCGCCUCCGUCCUACCCCGGCGUCCCUACUCGUGGCCCUGCGCCGACAUCGACGCGUCUCGCGACGGCAUGGUUGACUGCCCACGGCUGCUUCUACCGGCAGCGCGGGUCGCCGCCGCCGUUCACUACCCCUGCUGCACCGCUCGCAGUAGCUUCAACCCGGGGCGUUCCCCCUUCUCCGUUUGUUUCAGCCGCCGCCGCCGGAGCUCUGUUCCUGUGCGAUCUGCAUCCUCUGGGACCGGAAGCCAGUCAAGCGUUGCAGAUGAACCGGAGGCUGUCGAAUGGGCUAUGCAGGAUUUUUAUGCUUUGCGGAAGGAGGUUGAGUUGGCUAUAGAGCGUGUCAGUGAAGUCAGGCAAUCUGCAGGUUUGGAACAGCUUAUGGAGGAGAUUGCUUCGCUCGAGAAGAAGUCAGCAGAUAGUUCUUUGUGGGAUGAUCCUUCCAAGGCACAGGGGAUACUUGUUUCUCUGACAGAGGUCAAAGACAGAGUCAAGCUUCUCAACGAUUUUAAGUCACAGGUUGAAGAAGCAGAGACCAUUGUGAAGCUUACUGAAGAAUUAGAUUCCAUAGAUACUGGUCUUCUUGAGGAGGCCUCAAAGAUUAUAAAGUCAUUAAAUAAGGCAAUAGAUAACUUUGAGAUGACACAGCUUCUUUCUGGACCAUAUGACAAGGAAGGUGCUGUAAUUAAUAUUUCUGCUGGUGCUGGUGGUACUGAUGCUCAGGAUUGGGCUGACAUGUUACUAAGGAUGUAUGUAAGGUGGGGAGAGAAGCAGCGUUACAAGACCAGAGUAGUUGAGAAAUCACCUGGUGAAGAGGCUGGUAUAAAAUCAGCAACAGUUGAACUAGAGGGAAGAUAUGUCUAUGGCUAUCUCUCUGGUGAGAAAGGGACACACAGGAUUGUCCGUCAGUCACCAUUUAACGCUAAAGGGCUUCGGCAGACAAGCUUUGCUGGUGUUGAGGUUAUGCCUCUUCUACCGGAGGAAUCCAUGGCUGUGGAAAUACCUGAAGAGGACCUGGAGAUAAGCUUCACAAGAGCUGGAGGUAAAGGAGGCCAGAACGUGAACAAGGUGGAAACGGCUGUUCGCAUGGUCCAUAUUCCUACUGGCAUUGCAGUUCGUUGCUCAGAGGAGAGGAGUCAGCUGGCCAACAAAAUAAAGGCUCUCAGUCGGCUCAAAGCGAAGCUGCUGGUGAUCGCAGAGGAACAACGUGCAUCGGAGAUCAAGCAGAUCCGUGGCGACAUGGUGAAGGCGGAGUGGGGGCAGCAAAUACGCAACUACGUCUUCCACCCCUACAAGCUCGUCAAGGAUGUCCGGACGGGGUGCGAAACUUCGGACAUCACCGGUGUCAUGGAUGGUGAACUCGAUCCCUUUAUCAAAGCGUACCUCAGGUACAAGCUCACCGCAGCAACUUCCAGCUGAUGUUGAGGAGCAAAGCGACAAGUGACCGUGCCCUAUCCAGUAGUAUCCAUUUUUGGUGCAAAGUUCAUCGUUUUUUCUCUUUUCCUGAUGUAGUAAACUUUCAUUCAUAGUAGUAGCAUCUUAUUUCUUGAUUUAGGAAUCGUAACGGAUAAAACCAAAAUGGAUGGGUUGCACCCUGAGUUUCUUUU